UCGCACGUAUUGGAUGUAUACUGGAUUUAUAAAAGGCGCCGGGAGGCAAAGAGUGAAUUAGACGCAGAGCAUCUAAAUCCUGCAUCUGGACGACAUUAUAAAAGUUAAAUUAUGGGGAAUAUUGAGAGCGUGGACGGCCAAUCUGAGAUGAAGCAUCACAUCAUGCCCUUGAAAGUUCCCAUGCCUGACCCAACAGAGCUAGAGGAAAGAUUUGCCAUUGUAUUGAACUCAAUGAACUUGCCUCCAGACAAAGCAAGAUUACUUCGGCAGUACGACAACGAGAAAAAAUGGGAACUCAUUUGCGACCAGGAACGAUUCCAAGUGAAGAAUCCUCCUCACACAUACAUCCACAAGCUACAGAGUUAUCUUGACCCAGCUGUUACCAGGAAGAAGUUCAGGAGGAGAGUGCAGGAGUCCACACAGGUCCUGCGGGAGCUGGAAAUCUCAUUACGGACCAAUCACAUCGGGUGGGUGCGGGAGUUUUUGAAUGAGGAGAACAAGGGUUUGGAUGUGUUGGUGGAGUAUCUUUCGUUUGCACAGUAUGCUGUCACGUAUGACGGUGACAGUUCUGAGAACAGCACAGAAAACUCUAUGGAUAAAUCCAAACCCUGGAACCGAUCGAUUGAAGACCUCCACGGAGGAAACCACCUCUCAUCAGCUGUCACAGGCAACAGCAUCUCCAGAGCCAGCAGACAUUCAACCAUAAGGUCUAACACGUUACCCAGCCGGAGGACACUGAAGAAUUCCAGAUUAGUAUGUAAGAAAGAUGACGUUCAUGUGUGCAUCAUGUGUCUACGAGCCAUCAUGAACUACCAGUAUGGCUUCAACAUGGUCAUGUCUCACCCUCAUGCUGUGAAUGAAAUUGCACUAAGUCUGAACAAUAAGAAUCCCAGGACUAAAGCUCUGGUUCUGGAGCUGCUGGCCGCUGUGUGUCUGGUUCGAGGAGGUCAUGAGAUUAUUCUCUCCGCCUUUGAUCAUUUUAAAGAGGUGUGUUCAGAAGAUCAGCGCUUUGAGAAGCUCAUGGAGCAUUUCAAGAACGAAGAUAAUAACAUCGACUUCAUGGUGGCGUGCAUGCAGUUCAUAAACAUUGUGGUUCAUUCUGUGGAAGACAUGAAUUUCAGAGUGCACUUACAGUACGACUUCACAAAGCUGGGUCUGGACGAAUAUCUGGACAAACUGAAGCACACCGAGAGUGAUAAGCUGCAUGUGCAGAUUCAGGCAUACCUGGAUAACGUGUUCGAUGUGGGAGCUCUGUUAGAGGACGCAGAGACCAAGAACGCAGCGCUGGAGAGAGUGGAGGAGCUGGAAGAGAACAUGUCUCACCUGACAGAGAAGUUGCAGGACACAGAGAAUGAGGCGAUGGCAAAAAUCGUUGAGCUGGAGAAACAACUGAUGCACAAAAAUAAAGAGCUGGAGUCUGUUCGGGAGGUGUAUAAAGACGCCAGCUCUCAGGUGCACACCCUGCGGAGGAUGGUGAAGGAGAAGGACGAGGCCAUUCAAAAACAGAGCAACCUGGAGAAGAAGAUCCACGAGCUGGAGAAACAGGGAACCAUCAAGAUCCAGAAGAAAGCGGACGGGGACAUUGCCAUCCUGACGCACCCUCCGCAAGGGAACGGGCAUCCGCCGGGGUCCCAGGGAGGUGCUGGGUUGUCCGGUGAGGGCACGGUCGGUCACGGAGGGGUGUCUAACGGGGCGGUGCAUGGCCUGACCAUGCCUGAUCCUCCACCUCCUCCUAUGCCAGAGACACUACCAAACGGUCCAUCUGCUGCUCCAGCGCCAGCUCCUCCUCCUCCUCCUCCUCCUCCUCCUCCUCCUCCACCUCCUCCUCCCCCACCUCCACCUCCUGGGCACUCGAUUGAGAUCUCUGCUCCUUUACCUCCACCUCCUCCUCCUUGUGCUCCUCCUCUCCCUGGAAGCGGCACACCAACGGUCAUAUUCAACUCUGGCUUGACAGCCGUGAAAAUUAAAAAGCCAAUCAAAACCAAGUUCCGCAUGCCAGUGUUCAAUUGGGUGGCUCUGAAACCAAAUCAGAUCAACGGCACUGUCUUCAAUGAAAUCGAUGACGAGAGGAUCCUUGAGGAUUUAAAUGUGGAUGAGUUUGAAGAGAUGUUCAAGACCAAAGCCCAGGGUCCUGCCGUCGACAUGACGUUGCAAAAGCAGAAGGCUCCACAGAAAGGUCCCAAUAAAGUAUCGUUACUGGAGGCCAACAGGGCCAAAAACCUUGCCAUCACGCUCCGCAAGGCAGGGAAGAGCCCUGAAGAGAUCUGCAAAGCAAUCCAGACGUUCGACCUACGUACAGUGCCUGUGGAUUUCGUGGAGUGUUUGAUGCGGUUCAUGCCCACUGAAAGUGAGGUGAAGAUGCUCCGUCAGUAUGAGCGGGAGCGACGGCCAAUGGACGGGCUCACUGAUGAAGACCGGUUCAUGAUGCUCUUCAGUAAGAUUGAAAGGCUGCCACAGCGGAUGACCAUCAUGGCCUUUAUGGGCAACUUUACGGAUAGCCUGCAGAUGCUCACACCGCAACUGCAUGCUAUCAUAGCAGCAUCUGUAUCCAUAAAAUCAUCACAGAAAUUAAAGAAAAUCCUUGAGAUCAUUUUGGCCCUUGGGAACUACAUGAACAGUAGUAAAAGAGGAGCUGUUUAUGGCUUCAAACUUCAGAGCUUGGAUUUGCUGUUGGAGACCAAAUCCACAGACAGGAAGCAGACACUUUUGCACUACAUAGCCAAUGUGGUGAAGGAGAAAUAUCCUGUUGUAUGCGUUUUUUACAAUGAACUGCACUACAUUGAGAAAGCUGCUGCAGUCUCACUGGAGAAUGUUCUCCUGGACGUGAAGGAGCUACAGAGGGGUAUGGAUCUGACCAGAAGAGAGUACAGCAUGCACGGCCACAACUCCUUGCUCAAAGACUUCAUCCAUCACAACGAGGCCAGACUGAAGAAGCUCCUGGAUGAUGCUAGGAUUGCACAGGAUGCCUUCGAUGAUGUUGUGAAAUUCUUCGGGGAGAGCCCCAAGACCAUGCCACCCUCUGUGUUCUUCCCUGUUUUUGUUCGCUUCAUCAAGUCCUAUAGGCAUGCGGAUGAAGAAAACGAGCAGAGGAAGAGGCAAGAGCAGCUGAUGAUGGAGAAACUUCUGGAACAGGAGGCCAUGAUGGAGGAGCACGAGAAUCAACAGUCACCUCACAAGGGCAAGCGGCAGCAGCAGGAGCUGAUUGCUGAGUUAAGGAAGAGACAAGGCAAAGAUAGCCGGCUUGUCUACGAAGGCAAAGAUGGAGCAAUUGAGGACAUCAUUACAGUGCUGAAGACCGUCCCCUUUACCGCACGAUCAGCCAAACGUGGCUCGCGGUUCUUCUGUGACCCCGCCCUCUCCGAGGACUUCCAUUACUAAACUAAAUUCUGUCCCCUCAGAAAGACCUGCGCAGUCAACCCUUCCGCCGGGCCGAUGCCCUGAGGAGGAGCGGGAGAAGGAACCUGGAGGUACAGCACCUUCAGCUACGCAGCAUGGAGAUCACCACCUGCUAGCCACGCUCGAUCAACUUUUAAGGACAGAAGGUGGGCCAGUAACACUACUGAAAUAAGGAACAAAAAAUAGCACACUUAGAACGAUGGAUAAAUGUGACAUUGAACACUUGGGAUCUGGCAUCCCGAUUUAGUGGAGCGGUUCGAAGAAAGCAGGACGAAGAAAACGCCAAGUGUAGAGUGUUGGAUGCAAUAUGUCUGGCCUGCAGUCAAACGUGGAUUCUACAAAUGGACAUUAGGAAGAAAGAUCGUGGUUGUUUAUGUUUAACUCUAUUCAGUUUUGUGACUUUGUGUAUUAUGUACAAGACAGAGCAGAAAUGCCAAAGGAAGUCCUCGGAUUGGCCCACAAUUCAUUUUCAUUGUCAUUUAACCUCCGGUUCUAAAACUGAGCAGCCUUUUCUGAGGGGAAGAUUUUACAAGAUGCACUUUUAAUUUUUUUUUCUUUCUAUCGUUUAUCAUCUUAAAACUUAACCUUCAUUUAAAAAAAAAAAAAAAAAGAGCGCGAGAGAGAGAUUCGAUCUUAAGGAUCUUGAGAAUGACUCGUUCCGGACCGAAAAAUAACAUGAAAUGUUGACAAAAUGUUUACUACCAAGCAUUCACGACCAAUGUGACACUGUAUGUACAAUACAUCUCAUUUUAAUCACAGACUUGCUCUCCUACUGGUUUUAUCUCAUGUGACGUUUGUGAGCUGUGGAAAAAGAGUUUGCCGUUUUUUUAAAAACAAAGACAUUUCAUUGGACGAAAAAAAAAAAGUCUUUUUUUUAAAUGUACAGAUAUUUUGCUACAAAAUUGAGCCUCUUAUUUUUUACAUUGUUCAUCCAUUGUGGUGCUGUACAUAUUGUUGAAACAAACCGACUUGUCCUGCAAUAUCACUGGAAUGUUAUUAACUUUUAUGUUGUUUAGUAUGACAGUAUUAUUUAAUCUGAUGGUGAAGACAGUGAAUCAACUUACUCUGUGACCUAAAUUGCUCUCUCAUCACUAUUGUUGCAUAUGGUAAAUGUCUGUGGUUGCACGUAACACUUGAAAGCUUGAACAGACACUAGUGGCACAUAUAACUUUUUUCUACUUUGAUCUCUUUAACUGGAAUCAGUGGUUGUGUGCAAAUAAAGCAAUGACACCAGCACCAUUAAAAAAUGUUUUGCGUGGUGGA